AUGUGCACGUUACGUGUGGGAGUCUUCUUGUGGACGCUGAUCGUACUUUCUCUUAUUGUGCUCACCGUUCUUGUGCCUGUUGCCAAGGAUGCAAACGACAUGACAUCUUUGCGCGGCGGCAAUAAUUUUCAUUCGUGGCGUCGCUGGCUGGCUCCACUGUACGUUGUGGGGGCGUCGUCAACUCUAUUGGGCAUCAUUACAAGGCUCCCCACGAGGCAAAAGCGUGAAAGACUAAAGGAUAGCGGACACGACGGACUUUGGGCGUACGUGAAUGUUUUUUUUGUUGUGGGUAUUCUUAAAGGGAUUUCUGUGGUGGUAUUCAGCGCUCUUAUUGCGUGUCGCGUGGACGAGGUCAUUGCGACAAAUUACUUUGUGGUUUUGGCGCUGCCAUUCUACGUCUUUGGUGUUCUGACACUUCUUGACUCGGCUUUGCACCGAAUUUUCAUCCACAAAUUACGAGGAAAUUCUGCGGGCAGCUGCAAUAUUUUUGUCAUAUCCAUCCCGUUCAUUAUUGCUGUUGGCCUUGUCCUUGCAUCGGUUUCAAUGGUAUCUAUGCGGCUGAACGACUUGGACCGUGCCCGUCACGGUGCUGCUGGGGAUGUUUUUUCACUCCAUGCGGCCCUCAUUCCGGUGUAUGUUCUUCUCGGGUCUUUUUUAUUUUCUACGUUGAUGAUUUUUUGCUUCAUGUGUUUUUUCCUGUUGACUGAGGAUGGCGAGGCGAGCAACUCGCCCCACGGCGAUGCGGCGACGGAGGGAAAUGACGAGCAACAGGGGAGUGAAGCGCAUUCCGGUGGCGAGAAGGGAGUUGAGGGCGGACACGACGACGAUGGACAGCCGAGCAGAAAUGAUUCUUUCUUCCAGGAGAGCCGUCGAAAUCGGGAUGUUCGUGACAUGCCGCAGGGCGCUCCUGACACACCAACGGUUUUAAACGGCGAGAUGUUCUUGCCUCAGCGCCCUCGGCAAAGGCUCUCGGAUAUUGACUAA